AUGCGAGUUUUGAUUUAUCAAAGUCUACAUGAUCAAACCUCUUAUUGGGAAUUAAAUCGUUCCGAAACACAUAAACAUAAUAAUAAUGGUUUAUUUUUUGACAUUUUCCGUGAUCUCUUUUAUGAUCAAAGUUAUUCCGUAGAUGGCAUAGAACUCCAGAAGUCUAACAAACGUAGAUCUACAGUACUUUAUUUUUUUGAUAAAAAAAAUUUAUUCGCCAUAUCAUAG